GUAUAAAGUGUUUUGCCAAUCGUAAUCAACGCUCCUAGUCUUCUGCUUCCUGGCCCUCUUCCUAUCUUUGCAACUCAAACUCUCGAAGCCGCCGGUCGCAAGUCCCGCUCCUUCCAAUCUCCCACCAUCCGCUGUCACUCCCGUCGCUCGUCUCCGCCGUAAUCCUUCGUCGUACGACAGCAUUCCGCGGCCCACUCUGUCGGAAUGCCGCAGUGCUGCUACUCGCUAGGUCUGAGUUCAGACUUUCGGAUGACUACAAGCAGAGCUAGCGCCUUGCACAAUCAUAAUCCUUUGACAUCAUUUCCGUCCUUGCCUAAAUCCCCUUUACCCAUUUAUUCCUUUCCAUGUCAUCACAACCUCAAACCUCCCAGGUUGAGUAUUUAUAACCAAAAAUGGGAAGCAAAAAAGAAGCUGGUCCGGAUGCCUAUGGUUUCUUGUUUGGUGGAUGAGCCUAAAAAUUUAUCAGAAUCAGGGGAAAUGGUCAUUGACUUGAAGCAUCCAAGGAGAAAGCUUUUGGCCACUUUCACAUGCAACUCAUGUGGUGCUCAAUCUCAAAGGUUCAUAAACCGCUUAGCUUAUGAAAGAGGACUUGUCUAUCUCCAGUGUUCAGGGUGCGCAAAAUAUCAUAAAUUGGUGGACAAUCUUGGACUUGUGGUUGAAUACAUUUUGGGAGAUAAAGUUGAUGCCGGGGAUGAUUCGGAGUCAAUUUUAGAUAAACCAGGUGCAGAAUCUUCGUAGCAAAAGACCAGGUGUAAUAUUGAUAUGGUUAGAAAGAACAAAUUUGUAGAUCCAUUGUAUUACACAAGCUAUAUGGGAUUUUAAAUGGGGGAUGGUAGAUAAGAGCUCAUUUCGUAGUUUACACAUUAAAUCUUUGCACCCAGUUUAAACUUAUGCGAAGUGUAGGGAAAACAAUCACAUUGCAUUUAGAUAAAUUACAAUGUUUGGC